AUAUAUAAAUUUUUAUUUCUAUUUGCGUGAUCAGCCAGAUUAGGUUUCGAUUUCAUGGCGACCUCAAAACUCCUGAUUUUUUCUCUCUUUUUCGCCCUAGUUUUCUCUGCCGUUAGGCCGGAUGUUUCAGUUGAAGCCGACGCUCAAGUCCUUGAAUCAGAUGCCGGUGAUUCCUCCGCUUUGAAGAUUGAACUUGACCAACUCAAGUCUAAAGUCCAUGACCUUGAAUCCCGUGUUGAUGAGAAAACUCAAGAAUUGAAGGUCAAAGAUGAUUUAAUAGCGCAGAAGGAGAAAAUCAUUCAAGAAAAGUCAGAUAGUAUUGUGUCCUUGCAGAGUGAAAUAUCUUCUCUUCUGAAAAAGAAGAGUUUGGACACUGCAGAGCAGGUGGGAAAGGCUCAUGCACGGGCAGAUGAACUGGAGAAGCAGGUCGACAAACUUAAAAAGGAACUGGAAACACAGAAUAGGCAGAAUGAUGCCCUUGAAGCAAAAUCCAGUGAAGCUCAAAAGCAGAUAAGUGAAUUAAAGUUAAAAUUAGAGAAACUUCAAAAAGUUAGUGAUGAACAAAAGAGCAAACUCCGCAAGACAGAGCGUGCUCUUAAAGUUGCUGAGGAAGAAAUGAUGAGGGCAAAGUUUGAAGCUACUUCCAAAACUCAGGAGUUAACAGAAGUUCAUGGUGCAUGGCUUCCGCCUUGGCUCACUGUACAAUUAGUCCGUUGUCAGUCUUUGCUCCAGACACAUUGGAAUGAGCAUGGAAAGCCUGCCAUGGAAUUGGUGAUUCAGAAGGCCCUGGAGAAAAAAGCUCAUGCUGAAAAGUGGGCCAAACCUCACAUGGAAACAAUUAAAACUAAAUGGAUCCCAGCUGUGAACGAGCAAUGGUUGCUGAUGACAACUCAAGUUGAACCAUAUAUGCAGUCACUGAUUGCAAAAACUUUUGAAGCCUAUGAGGCCUCAAAGACUACAUUAGCUCCACACGUCAUUAAAGUGAAAGAAUUUGUUGAUCCGUACUUUCAGGAAGCUAAAAAGUUCAGUAAGCCCUAUGUUGAUCAGGUUGCCACUAUGACAAAACCCCAUGUUGAUAAGGUUAGGAUGGUUUUGAAGCCCUACACAAAGCAGGCGGUUCACGCAAGUCAGAAAUUUUUAGAGUCUGCAACCACAUACCAUCAUCAGGUGCAAGGCACUGUGCAAGAAACCCUAAAUAAGCAUGAGCUGACAAGACCUCUUGCGACUAAGGAGUUCAUCUGGUUUACGGCAUCUGCCUUGUUGGCGAUACCCAUCAUCAUUUUCUCCAGAACUUGUUCAGCUAUUUUCUGCAAAAAGGCAAAGAGACGCACUCGAAAUGCUAACACCAGCCACUCUCGUCGUAAGGCCAAGCGGGGCCAUCCAGACAAGUAGAGUGCCAUGAGGUUUUUGGCUGGUUCUCUUCUUUUGGGAAAUAUUUGCGGUUACCAUUGCCUCCUUACCUCCCAUUUUGUCAAUAAAAAUGCAGGAGGGAAGGAAGCCGCGUCUCGUUGCAUCCAUAGAGUAGAAUGCAAGUUUGGAAGGGCUCUUUGGUCUACAAAGUUCAGUCCUGGUGAUGUUUUUCGAACUCCUGCAUAUUUUUCUUCUUCUUCUUUUUUUUUGUUUAUUAGGAAAAAUGUUUUAGAACCUUCUCACACCACAGAUUAAAACAUCCUGAGAAUUUCUCGAUGUUAUAUAUGGGUGUAAUUUAUGUUAAUGUUGUUAGAGAAGAAAAGUUGUAAAUUUAUGAGUAUUUUUGUUUUCUGGA